AUGAUGUCCUCUCAAGUUAAAGAAGAUUUAUAUGGUGUAUCAUGGUCUAAUCCAGCAUGGAGUCACUUCCUUUGUUCGGCAAACGUUCUCGACUAUUUCUGCGACCUUUCCAAUCCUUUUUAUGAUAGGCAGUGCAAUAAUGAGGUUAUUCGAAUGCAAAGACUCCAUCCUGAGCAGCUCUUGUGUAUGACAGGUAUAGAGUUUUAUCUUCAUCACGCUCAAGAACCUAUACUGUUCAUAAUACGAAAGCAGCAACGUUUAUCUCCCACUCAAGUCACUCCAUUGGCUUAUUACUAUGUGAUUAACGGGACGGUACUUCAAGCGCCAGAUCUUUCUACUCUCCUGAACUCUCGUCUAUUGACAGCAAUUGUAGGGUUGAAGAAAGUAAUCCAGACAUUAGGUCCUUGUGCUCGAUAUCAUCCUUCAGACGGUUCCUAUUCAUGGGAUGACCCUAAUGUUUUGCUUGGAUAUAAUAAAGAACCAGAUCAAACUUAUGCAAAAUCUCAAUCUACCUCAAAUACUGAAAGAGAUUUAUAUAAAAGUGCAAAUUUAUUUCAAGUUCAAAGAACAGAUACCCUACUUGCUGACUGGAUGAAUCGCUUUCCCGUCCCAUCAGCAAGUUUUAUUCAAAAUCUGGCCAACUCAGGACAAACGUCAUCUGUAGCGAUAGUUACUUCUGCAGUUAACGCGAGUGGAGUCGUUUCUCUUACAUCAGCUCAAACCGCAUCUUCUAUGAAGGAAGAAAACCUUCAGAUCAACUGCAAUUCUCCAGCUAAAUUACCUACAAGGCUGCCUACAUUACCCGGUGUUUCUGUUGUCCCUGGACCAUCACCAAGCACUUCAACGCAACCAUCACUGCCUGUAGAUCGAAAACCUCGUGGUUAA